AUGCGCGGUGCCGCGGCGCUUCCCGCGCGGCGCGGCCCCUCAGCGCCGCCCGCCAUGUUCGCGGAGCUGAACGAGCUGCUCGGGGCCUCCCCGGAGCGCCCGGACGCGGGUAAAUUCACCCUGCUGCGAGACAGCCGGACAGAUGGCAGCUUCCUGGUGCACCACUUCCUCUCCUUCUACCUCAGAGCUGGCUGCAAGGUUUGCUUUGUGGCCCUGCUGCAGUCCUUCAGCCACUACAGCAUCGUGGCACAGAAACUGGGAGUCAGUCUGGCAGCUGCCAAGGAGCGGGGACAGCUUGUCUUCCUGGAGGGCCUCCAGUCCUGCCUUGACCUCCUGUUUGGGGAGAAGGAGCAGCCAGGACAGCCCAGUCCUCUGCAGUUUCUGAGGGGGAGCUCCUGUGAGCUGCGGGCCCUGUUUGACUUUGUCCGGGCGUCCCUGAGCGCCGCUGGUGGCGAUUCCUGGAAAGGCCCCGUGCUGUUGGUGGAUGACCUCAGUGUCCUGCUGAGCCUGGGGGCCACCCCGGUGGCCGUGCUGGACUUCAUCCACUACUGCCGUGUGUGGGUGUGCUGCCAGCUGAAGGGGAACAUCGUGGUGCUGGUUCACAGCAACGAGGAUUCGGAGGAUGAGGAGAACGAGCUGGUUGUGAACUCCCUGUGCCAUCACAGCGACCUCAUCCUGUGGGCAGAGGGGCUGGCCACCGGCUUCUGCAAGGAUGUGCACGGGCAGAUUAAGAUAAUCAAGAGAUUGUCCUUGCGGCAGGCGGCGGAGCAGGAUCUGGUCCAGGUCUACCAGUACAAGAUCCAGGACAGGAACGUCACCUUUUUCGCACGGGGGCUGUCGGCUGCAGUCCUGUGACACUGUGACAGUGCAGAGCCUGGGAGUGUCAGUGCCUCCUCUGCAAAAGCACCACCAGCACCUCUCAGGAGCAGCAGACUGACCCAGGAGGGAAGCUCAGACACACCUGAAGUGGUGCCAACGUGGGAUCAGCCUGCCUGGGGCCUGCUGCAUCCCUCUGUCCUCCCACCCCGUUCCCAACACACUCAGGCCAAGAAUGGGAGCAAGAACUUGCAAGAAUGGCCCUUGGAGCAUGUAAAUACAGGCAGGGGGUGCCCUGCGGGCUGGGUGUGCCCUGCCUCACCUCUUCCGGUGCUGGGCACAGCGUGGCAGUGCCAGGCACGGCAUGGAGGGAGCACCCCUCCCUCCCCCUGGCACAGGAGGAGAUGACACACGGCGGGUGGAGCAGGGAGCCUGGCGCAAUCCCCUCCUUGCUCCCAGCUCUGGCUGGCAGGGAUUUGCCCAACUCCACCUUCCAUGGAGCUGGUAAAUGCACAGCUCUGUGUACAGCCCUCCCCUGGCUGUGCUGACACCUGGGCACUGCCACGCUUUGUCACCUGCAGCUUCCCAAGCUUUGUGGUUGGACAAACCCCUCUGCAGCCUGUCUCAGCCACUGCUUCCUCAGCCCAAACCCUGACUAGCAGUUACACGACCUGCCUGUGUGAAGCUGGAUUAUUAAUAAUCCAUCAUUCCAGUGA